AUAUAAAUGAACACCAAACACGUGAGUGAUAGUAAUUUAUAAUACAAAUUUGCUUGCUUAAAAUUAAUUCAAUACUUACAUUUUAUACAUUAAUACUCUAUAAUAUUAUUAUAUUACGAGUUGGAUGUGAUUUUUCAAAUAAAAUGGAAGAGGAGAAUAAAACCAUAACGGUGCACAUGGAAACAUUAGAUCUACACCCACAAUGUUCACACGGUCCAACACUGUUAUUUUCUCGAGGUACAGAUGGUAAAAAAUUUUACUCUUGUGCUGCCUAUAGAGACAAGAAAAAGUGUCCCUUUUUUUUGUGGGAAGAUCAAAGUGGUGAAAAAUAUGUACAGCAAUUUGAAAGAGACCCAAUCAUUUCAAAAAUGUUAAGAUAUAAACUGCAAUCAAGGUAUGAGCUUGUCAAAGGUUUAAAACCAGAAGACCGUAUGUAUUGUGAUAAGUGUAAUCAACUAUUCCCAAAAAUUGAAAAAGUAAAUCACUUAGACCACGAAGAAAUGCUUAGAGAUAAUAUUGACGAUUACAAUUUGUCUCAUCCAUCACAGUUACUUAGACCAAUUCAAGAGACAAAAGGAGAAUCGCAAUAUUUUUUUACCGAUACCACAAUUGACGCGUUUAUAAGUAUAUUCAAGUCGCUCGGUAUAACUUCUCUAAUAUGUCUAGGAGCUCCUACCGUUCAUGAAAAAAUUGUUUGUGAAGUAUCAGAAAUCAACAGCACAUUGUUAGAUAUUGAUCACAGACACAUACAAUUUUACGAGUGCAACAGAUUUCGAUGGUUUAACAUGUUCAAUUGUCACGUACUUGAAGAGUGUGAUACUGAAAUUGUUUUAGAAGACUUACUGAGUCAAACAGAAUCCAUGGCAUUACUCCUCGAUCCGCCAUUUGGUGGUAGACUCGAACCGAUAGCUUAUACUUUAAAAAAAUUUGACGAAAUUAGGAAAAAAAACAACAAAAACAUAUUAUCGAAAUUUUUAAUAUUACCUUAUUUUAUGGAACGUCAUGUCAUAAAUUGUUUACCUGAAAUGACCAUGUUGGACUAUAAAGUGGAUUAUGUUAAUCAUAAAAAAUUUAAUGAUUCGGGAAGAAAUAAAGGGUCGCCAAUUAGACUUUUUACUAAUGUCAAUCAGGCUAAGGUAGCAUUACCUGUUGAAGAAAAUUACAAGUUUUGUGAAGAAUGCGACCGAUGGGUUUGUUCAGAAAAUUUUCAUUGUUACCAAUGUGGCGGUUGUAUGUCCAAGAACGGUCGCAAAUACAUUCACUGUAAUCUAUGUAAAAAAUGUGUCAAAAAAACAUGGAAACAUUGUAAAGGUUGUCGGAAAUGUUGUCUACCAGAUCACAGAUGCACAAAUUCGAUUAUUAAGAGAAGUUCAGUGAAUUCCAACGCUAAGAAAGGACAGAAGAAGCAAAAAAAGAAUUAAAAAUUGUAACCAAAAAAUUAAAAGCAAAUAAAAUGAAGUAAAAAUUAUAUGGACUAGAUAAAAUUUGAAAACUUUUUAUGUGACUUUUCUAUUGAAUGAAACGUUGCUCUUUCCGAAUGAU